UGUUAUGGCUGUUUAAUUGUAUUUGGAGGCAGUAGCGUCACGAAAAGUGUCCGGGGUCAUGAUAUGUCCGGGGUCAUGAUAAACCACGUUAUGAUUUUACGCUUUAUAAAUAAUCAUGAUUAUGAUUACGACUAAAAAAUCAUGAUUAUAAUUGAUUUUCUAACCAUGUACAGCUCGAGCUUUCUUCUUGCCAUCUCUGAUUGUCUAUAACCACCUACCUUGCUGUUGUUGACUCCUGUACCCGUGACUCCCAAAACCAGCCUGUCGAUGUUAGUCUACCACUAUCAUACGAUUCCCCUAUCCCUCACCGUCAUAAUCAUCCCAUCCACGCCCUCUUCCCAGCCCUGAAAUAAAUCAUGCCAUCCAAAACAAGAAGGGACGAUGGUCCAGGCACAUCCAGGUACUGCCCUAUCCCCUUUGAUUCACCUCUCCAUCUCCAACAGAAGGAAGGAGCGACCAAGCCUUCCUUCCCUCUUUCUCACCGUAUCCCAUACCACCCACCACCAUCUCUGAGAAACUUAUCUACCCCUCUAAGGAUCGAUACUAGAAUAUGGGCCGAUAUUUCGCCGAACCGCUUCGCUUCGCCUGUUCUUUGUAGUUGUGAACUUUGUCGUCGGCGACCGCUUGUUCGGCAACCUUUCGUGUUUCUGUAAACUGGAUGCGGUCAACACAUACAUACUUUGCAUAUUUGCACAACUAACCUUAUAUACUUGCUCCGUGGGAGCUGGGGGUGUGUGAAUAGAAGCAUUUUCUUCUUAUUCUUUGAUUAGGGACGCGACAGAGAGGUUUUAUAGGCUUGGUGAGUCUGCAUAUCUCCGGUUUGGUCUUGGUUAGGCGUGGACUUCAAUGCCACUUUGUCCUUGCACCUCCUCAAAGCUGAGAAGAGAGCCUGAAAGGAAGAAUGAAGACAAGAGAAACCUUUAUACUCCCACCUUUUAUCUCUUUCUUCCUUUGUGGAGGCUUGGCUGACCAGGAGCCCCUUUUCAGAGCCUGCUCUUCAGCAACAAGAGCUCUCCUCACUUCAGGUCUUCAGAGAUCGAAUAUCUUGCACGGCAUCCCAUUCAAAGGUAUAACGAGGCUGAUAACCCCUUUCUUUUGGCUUCUGCUGACUUCCUUUCACAGUUUGCUCUUUGCUUCUCCCAAAAGAGCGUUCUCACUCGAGAGUACUGAGAGAUCGGAAAAAUUUGCUCUCACUUUCGUUCAACAACCAGAGGUCGGAAACAUUUGCUUCCCUUUUCUUUAACAACUAGAGCUCAGAAACAUUUGCUCCCCACUUCUUCAACAACCGGAGCUUGGAAUAGCUUUGCGGAUAUAUACCAACUUUCUUUGAUCGGUAUCUGUGCAAGCCAACCACACAAAUAGAUCUUGCUUGAUAUUGCUGUCCAAGCUAGUCUGCUUCAACCAUAUAUAACCUGUUCACUAAGGUGUGAUCAGUUGAGAGUGUGACAGAAUGAGACUCUCCACAUACUUUGCCGACGCUGGGGAAGUGUUCGUAUUCAACCUGGGUGAUGAGCUUGCAAGUAUCCCAACUUACCACAUGCACUGAAUAUCCCCCCAAUGCUAACUGAGACAGAUGCAGCAAAUCCUCGACGGCGACUAUGUGAUAGUCUACAUCCAGAGCAUUGGUGGCCGCCGGCCACCUAACGAAAUCAACCCGACGACAGAUCGGAUGGUGAGAAUUAUGCCUUUCGAGAGGGACGGCGAGAUCAGUGUUUCCGCGCGUCAAAGCUUCAUCAGAUUCAACAAUCAUUUCCGCAAUAUCCGUGAGCUUGUCUUCUACCCAACUAGGAAGAGCGGGAGGGUCACCCUCGACAACUUGAAGGGUUCAGGCCCGCAGGAUACAUCUCCGGACGCCAAUAAUAGUUCCAUGACUGGCGAAGCUGGGGUGCGCAUGGCAACAGGUGAUAGAUCCUGUUCGACAUUCACCGAUUGUGAUGUAGAUCCAUCGCCUUCAGCGCAUGAUGACCGCAUGGAGUAUCUAUUUGCAAAUACCAAGAACAUACGCCAGAAAGGCUCGGAAAUUUCCUUCGGUAUGGUAAUUAACACCGAGAAUACCACUGGCUAUGAAUUUUGCCAAAUUGAACUCGCAGCCGCCGAAGGAGACAGGGUGCUCAUUGUGGCCAUCAAAGUCCCGAAGGAGAAGAAACUGUCCAGUCUGUACCUCAAGAAACAGCCACUGAAUGUAGAUAUGCAUGAGCUUGUCGUUCAACGCUUCAUUGGAGUUGACAAAGGCUUCUUCACCAUGAAGGAAUAUGGGAAGCAAGAUAACGACGAGCCCAUGGGCCCAAAGAGCCAUACGUUUUAUAACCUCGACCUUGGAGAAGAUAUGGAAAAGGACCUGUUCCAGAACUAUUCACACGAGGUUGGGAGAGCGUGCCUUGAGCCGCAUCAAUUCAACGCUGGCCUGUUUGAGGAAUGGCGCCAGAUGAUCCCAUCCCAUACCAUGGACGAACAUCUGAAGAAUAUUUACGAGUUGUACACCCAAGAGGCUCUGUUGGUCGUCGGGCAGCUGAAAACCCCCCCUAUGGACAGUAGCGACGACGGCCACCAGAAUCUUAGGGCCUUGACGGAGGAGAAUGACCGGUUGAGACGUAAGCUGCACAUCCUUCGAGACGCACAGACGUAUGUGAUGUUGAGGCGUAAAGAUCUGGAGUUUGAGCGCGUCCAGGAGUACAACUUUGGGAAGAAGAUCGGACCAGGUUUGCCGAGGACUAGGCGCACCACAUCAGUCAGACGUAGGCCGACAAACAGCAACACGGCGCCUCGCCCUCUCACCCCAGCUCUGAUCCACAGCAGCGGCAGUACGACAAACACGACGGCCCGUCCUCGCACCCCCCCAUCUCUGAGCUACAGCAGCGGCAGUACGACGCCGACCAAUUCUCCCGUUAGGAGAGCACAAAUGGCGAAACUAGCCAAGGGGAAAGAAGUGCUUCCUACCGGCAAUGACAAGCUAAAGGAGAUUUUGCAGAGACUCAUGUCGGAGCCUAGCUUCCAACGCCUGAAGACUGAAUCGAAAGGCAAAAAUACUGCGGGUGAACAGGCCCGCCUGCGUCGCCAAGCCGAAGAGAAUAUGUGGCUGGUUAAGAUCCCUUCUCUGGGAAGAAAUCAAGUUUCGGAUUCUGGUGGUGGUGGGCUAGUUCGUCCUAAUGUUGGUCAUUCUGUGGGAAGAAAUCGAGUUUCGGACUCUGGUGGUGGUGGGCUAGUUCGUCCUAAUGCUGGUGGUGGUAGAAAUGCUGGUGGCAAAGCUGGUGCUGGUGGCAAACAAGGUGCCAAAGCAGGUGCCAAAGCAGGUGCCAGAGCUAAUACCGGUGCCCGACCAGGUUCCGAGGUUCAUGUUGCCGUCGAAUAUGAUGCUGAUAUUCAAACUGGUGCUGAUACCAGAGCUGAUGCUGGUGGCGAUGCUCGUGCCAAUACCAUUGCUGGUAGCAAUGCUGCUGCUAAUACCAUUGCUACCAUGGAUACUGGUGCUGCCGUGGGUGCUAGUCCUGGCACUGCUUUGAAUGCCGGCGAUGAUGAGGACUGGGAGUCGAGCGACGAUGACGAAGAAGGAGGUGUAAGUCUGACGCCCGAUCCAGUCAACACUGAGCAGGAGCUGCCACCCCCAGCCACUCUGUGCAAGUCGCGUACUCUGGAUGGCCAACGUGAUUCCGAAUCCUCUCUUUCAACCCAAGAGAGCUUGACAAGGAAGCGUAGCCAGAGUUCUCUUUCAUCCGAGGAAGGUUCGCCAGCGAAGCGUAGCCAGAAUGGUGGCGACGGAGUGUCAACCAGAAGCGUCAGCCCUGAGGACAACUUAUCUUCCAACGAUGACGGUAAAAUCGAAUCCGGAGGAGGAACACCAGACAGGGCUCCGAGUCCAAAGAAGCGCAAACUGUCUGAUGACAGCGAUGCUGUUCCGAGGGGUGGUAGAUCAAACAUUACGAAGUUGAUGUAGUUGAUGGGUUCUUGUUGUAGAUGGAAGGUCUUCAAUUUCAGGCUAUAGGUGGUUGUGUUUUCGUGGGGUAAUGUGUUUGUCUGUCGUUUUUCAUGGUGGAGCUUACUGGUCUUUCCUUAUUUGUGCUUUCUUAGACACUGUGUCGACUAGCACCGCGGAACAGUUUGCUGGCUUUUUUAUAUGCGAUCUCUUUUCGGACAGAUUCCAGCAGCUGGGUUCAGUUGUUCGUCAUCUUAUAGUUGUUUGGUUUUUCUCGAGAAGUACAAACUCCAAGACAGCGGUUUCUCACUUGAAGAACAGCAUUCCUUCCUGGGUUACUGAAGAGGAGGCCGUUCCAUAGAUGGGUUUUAACGGAGCGGUUGUGUACGUUACUUUGAUUUCACCUUUCUGAAUAGCAAGGAAGGAAUACAGAUGCAAUGCCUUUAUAGACUUGAUGCAUAAAAAAGUGAUC